UUCUAUACAGAUACAUGAAAAUUAAUUUGAUUAAGCAAAUACAAUGUCUUGGUUGUCGUCAGUGAUAUCUUUUGAAUCUUUGGGACUUGUUGUUGCAAUACUGGCUCUUAUCAGAUACUACAUACAUAGAAAAUGGCAGUUUCUCGCAAACCUCAAUAUACCUCAUGACAAACCUACUAUACUGAAUAUUGGAAAUAUGGCAGGUGCAUUUUCAAAAGAAAUGUUUACUAGAAAUUUAGAACAGAAAAAGAAAUAUGGACUGAUCUAUGGGGGAUAUGCUGGUCUUACACCUGCAAUCACGAUACAUGAUCUUGAAAUUAUGCGACUAAUUUACACAAAAGAAUUCCAGAAUUUUCCUGAUAGAAUGAGAGUGUUGACGACAAUGAAUGGCAAAGACAUGAAUCAUGGAGUUUUAGUUGCUAGAAAUAAGAAAUGGAAAAGAACCCGCUCGACGUUAAGUCCUACAUUUUCCAUAUCAAAGCUGAAACAGAUGUUCUCAAUUGUUGAAAAUUGUACAGGUCAAACUGUUGCAGUGUUAGAGGGAAAGUUAGAAAAUGAAAGCGGAGAAUUUGUUGCAAGAAAAUUAUUUUCAAAUUUAUCGCUGGAUAUGAUAGUUUCUGCUGCAUUGGGAACCAGAGCACAUAUUCAAUCUGUUGAUGGGAAAGAUUCCCAACUGGUAUUGGAAGUUCGAAAACUGUUCGCUACUGGAUUCGCUGGUCCUACUGCAUUCAUGUGUUUCAUCUGUCCACCAUUUGAAUGGAUUUGCAAUAAAUUAGACAUCAGUAUAUUUGAUUACAAAGCGUUACAAUAUCUCAGUAAUUUUACCAAUGCCGUCAUUGAAAAAAGAAAAAAGGGACAGGAAGAAGUUGCCAAAGAUUUACUUCAACUUAUGUUGGAUGCUGAAGUCGCGGAUGAUAAAAUAAAUGAAGAUUCAGAAAGAGGUUUGAACCGGCAGGAAUUGAUUGGGAAUGCAAUGCUCAUGAUUGGAGCUGGGUUCGAGAAUACAGCAAAUACAAUGACUUUUCUUGCUUAUAAUCUUGCACUUCAUCAAGAUAUCCAAGAUAAACUUAGAAAAGAAAUGGAUGAAGCUUUUCAAGCAAAGGGAAGAUUCGACUAUGAAAGUGUCAAUAAUAUGAAAUAUCUCAGCAUGUGUUUGAAUGAAUCAUUGAGACUAUAUAUGCCAAUUAUAGUAAAUUCCAGAGUCUGCAGAAAGGAAACCACAGUGAAUGGUUUUACAAUUCCUAAAGGUGUAACAGUGCAAUUUCCUACAUUCGGCCUUGCUCAUGAUCCAGAGUUUUGGGACAAACCAUGGGAGUUUAUACCUGACAGAAUGGAAGACAUGUCACAAAUUGAUCCGAUGGUGUUUCAACCAUUUGGUGCGGGACCUCGUAACUGCAUUGGAUUGAGAUUUGCUGAAAUGGAAAUCAAAAUGGCUUUUUGUCAAAUUUUACAUAAAUUCAAGAUUAUGCCCUCUGAGGACACACCUAAACCACCGCUGGAACUGUCGUUUGCUUUGGGUAUUCGUCCUAUCAAAGAAUUCAAAUUGAAAGUUGUUGCUAGAGAUUAAAAGUCAGCAAGUAAUGGUUAACUUGCGAUGAUACUUUUGCUAUCAUUCUGAAGAUAAUAAUGAAAUACCCAGGGAACAGUUUGAAAUUUUUUUCUAUGUGUGUUUAUAGAUAGUGCUUACUAUUAUUUUGUUUCUGAGUAUUUUUUUCUCUUUUUUAUUUUUCUAUGUGUAUCUCACAAUACAACUAAGAGUAAAUACGGUGUAUUUUAUAAUUCAUCAAAAAAUUUACAUUUUUUAAAAUAAGUAAGUUGAUAAUAAUAGAAUCAGUUAUGUAAAGUAUAGACAAUACAUAUAAAUCAGUAUCCCAUUUCUCUGUAUUUUCUGCCGUUUUCCAUGUAUCAAAUACUGUAUUAGUAUUCAAAAGAGUUAUUUGUUUUUAUCAGUUUUAAACGAUCAUAUAUUGUCUAUUAAAUUGAAAUUAUCAUGUCAUCUAUCUGUACAUUUUAUCCUUUAUAUUUCUAAUUUUUUUUCAAACUACAAUAAAUUAACAACACCUCCUUAUGUGGGGUCAAAAACAUUAUGAUUUGGUCGACCUUUUUGUAUUUUACCUUGUAUUAUACAUUUAAGCAUAUUGCUCACUGGAUGUAAACAAUUUAUGCACUUCAUUUGUAAAUGUACCAGAUCCUCAAGUAUUUUUAUUGUUUGGUCCUGUUUUUUUUCUGUUAACUUUUCUCCUUAGGACAUUGCGCAUUGGUCAUUUUCAAAAUUUUAUUAUUCGACAACCAUUAGGCCCUAAAACUGUCAUCAUCAGUAAAACAAACCUAUUUUAAUGUGAGACGCUCCUUUCGCUCCAAACAAGACCAGGUACAGGCAGUCACUGUCAUCUAAGAGAAGUUCUCCAUGGACUCGCUUUGCUGUUAAGACUCAUCCAAGCUAUAUACGUACGCAAUGUUGUUUCUCACUUCGCUUAUUUAAUAUUCCCAUGCAGUUCGUUGUAACAAAACAGGAACGUGUUCACAAGUAACAAGUGACUUACUGAAUCCCACUGAUUGAAAUUGUGUUGACGAUUUCAUAAACGUUUUACAGGGCUUAGCAUACAUACUAACCUGCUACAAAACUCCCCAAAUGAGCCCCUUAAUCCAACCAUAUAUAGGUUAUUAAAUUCAUUGUUGUUUAAGACUGUGGCCUGGAGGCACAUAAAAGUAAAUUUUCAAAAAUAUAAAA